AUUCCACGGAGUGAAACAUAUAUGCAGCCACAUAGCAUUGACUGGGAUUAUUCAGCAUUUUUAGUGGUUGAAAUCGCACUGAGUGCGAAAUUCAUGGAUGCGAUUUUGAAGAAGGGAAAAUUUUUCCAUUGCGAUGGCCUGCAUCGCUCAGAAUUGAAGGGAUGCAGUUGGCAAAGUGUAAAAUGUGUUGCGUCAGAAAAAUCGCACCAUGCGUUGUGAGCGACUCGGAAACGCACACAAGGCGAUUAUCAUGUCGCACCCCUGGUAUGGUGGCCUUAGAAGCUCUAUAAUUCCCCGACGCGGGAACGCCCGGUUGGGUAGGCAGGAAAUGUUUAUCUCCAUCGUUUUUGCUGUUUUACUCGGUUCUGUAUGUCUACCUCUUUCAAACUACCUCAUGCAACUACUCAAAAUGGACGACCUCACCGGGUUGCAGCUUAUAGCCCAAGGAACUUCGUGGACUGACCGAGCACUAGACAUCAUUACUAUACACGGAUUGCAGGGCUACGAUACCUGGGAGCAUCCUACACACGGACUCGGGGACAGCAGUAAGACUGUUUUCUGGGUACGGGACUUCUUACCCAAGGAUCUCCCUUCAGCGAGGAUCUUCACCUACCACUAUCUCUCUACUGCCUUUUGCGACGGUCAGGGCAUCACUCAAGCCGCGGAUAAACUUCUCAACAAGCUAAAGAAUCUACAGGCAGAUAAUAUCGAGGGAUCUCGGCCAUUAGUCUUUAUUUGCCAUAGUGUUGGUGGUCUAAUUCUCCAAUGCGCCCUCAAUAAAGCAUUUGAUAACAAAAGCGAUACGGCACUCAACGAGAUUAUCACAGCAACACAGGGAAUCAUCUUCUUGGGGACGCCGCAUCCAACUUCAGAACUAGAUAUAAGCGUCUCAAGAAUCGCCGCAGCCAGUGAGACAACUAGGUCCAUUAUGGUAGACACUCAAUUUAUGGCACAGGUACUUGUCAGGUUCGCGAGCUUAUCUCAGUAUAAUCCGCCGUGGAAAGUCGUUCAUUGCUACGAAGAGUUGCCACUACCAGGUACUGCUUUUCGGGCGGUCAACCCAAGCCAGGAAGAAUCGUGGGCUUUGCCCCAAUUAUCGCUGUAUAGUCAUCAUCUUGAUUUGUGUCGUUUCAGAAGCCAGGACGAUGUCUCCUACAUCAAAGUUCUGCAAUCAUUGAGAAACAUCACUUCUGGGCUCGGCAGCUCUGUCGUAGAUGAAAUCGAAGUACAGACAACUCUGUCAUCCGUCGAGCAUGAGGUUCUUGAAAGUCUGGAAAUUGAAGACACAUCGUCCAACAUCCGAGACGCCUCUCCAGGAACAUGCGACUGGAUACUGAAACAUAACACUUAUAAGUCUUGGUUGGCCAAGCCCUCCCAGCCUCUAUGGAUCACUGGUAAGGCGGGAACUGGUAAAAGCACCCUGAUGAAACAUAUCAUAGAGGCUUGUCGUCUGGAGCACACAUCAAGCCAGGCUGUGGUAUCCUAUUUCUUCUCCGCCGCCGGCGCAAACCACUCUGUGGCGAGCCUUUUAAGUUCGCUCUUGCAUCAACUUUUAAAGACGACUCCGAGUACGCGAUCCUUCGAAAUAUUUUCCAAAUUUCAUCAGAGAAGGGAGCAUGAGAUCUCCGACAGCGCAAGGGAUAUUGAUAUCCUGAUGGAAAGCUUGCUUUUGUUGGCCGACAAAUCGACGGCACAAGGUGAUUCCAUUUUCUUCAUUAUAGACGCUUUGGACGAGUGUGACGAUCCCGAUAAGCUUGUUACUCUCCUCUGGCGUCUUAAUGGUUUCAAUCCCAGUCGGAAACUACGGAUAUGUAUAUCCUCUCGACCGAGCAACUUUUCCGUGCCAGGCGCGGAAAUCCGUUUGGAGGAUAAUAACUCGCUCGACAUACAGCGAUAUCUUGGCGAAAGCCUUCUAGCCUUGGAAAAUUAUCUACCCUCGACCUCGGAUGUCAAACAGACAACUCAAGCUUUGGCGGAGAAGGCCAAAGGGAUGUUUCUUUGGGCUUCGUUGAACAUAUCACAGCUGCGCUGCAAUGGUCACCUCAAGACACCCAAGUCCGAACAGCACUCCACGUCCUGGCUUCCAGCAACCCUCGAUGCGGCAUACGAGGCGAUUAUACAGCAGCUAUGGAACCGGCAUGAUGAAAGCCGCCGAGAGAUGGCACGGGAUGCAUUCACCCUCGUACUAUGCGCUCAGCGGCCACUUUCGAUACUCGAGCUCCGCAGUGCCCUGGCCGCGAUGCAUUAUGAUCCUGAUCUUCUAUCUCCACUAAGCAAGAGUGAAGUAAAUGAGUGGGGUAUGUGGAACAAAAUGAACAAGAUACAGGACAAAGCUUCGCUAGACAUGAGUACUCAGCUGAUGCUUCUAUGUGGCGGCCUUCUUGAGGUAGCACCGCGGCAGGCCAAGUUCGCAAACGAUACGACGUAUCCAGAAUCGACCGUGCAAUUCAUCCACCAAACCGUGAGAGACUAUCUCCAGGAAAGGGGGUCCUGCGUCCUUGAGGGCGACAAUCGCACUUCCAAAUUGUCUUUCCCAGAACUCAAACUCACUGACUUGCAAGCCUGCAAUGCCCAGUACCACUUCCGAGUUGCUUGGAUAUGCCUCCUGUAUGUUGACCUCAUAUACAUGCGCUCUAACCUCCUGAAUACCGAGACUGCCAUCACUUCAGCCCUUUUUCUAGAGUAUUCCCUAUCGUUUGGCAUGGCACACCUUAGCUUAGCCGAAAGAGCCGGGGUAAACCCCAUGAAGAAGGAGAUGUGCCACCUUUCUCAGUUUCAAAAGGGGUUCGUCGACCAGUGGUCUUUGCUACACAGCCAAAUAUUCAAGGAUCAGAAACUCUUUGAGCCGCACAAGACUAAGGCAGUACAUAUCAUGUCAUACUAUGGCUUACCGUGGUAUGACACAGGCCUCUGGGGAGCGAGGCUUGCAGAGAUAAACGAGGAGGAUCAUUAUGGGCGUACUCCUCUCUUACUGGCCGCGGCUAUGGGUCAUCAUCAUGUCUGUGAGAUCUUGCUUGACAAUGGUGCCGACAUGGGUCAUCGAGAUUAUGUCUAUGGUCAAACUCCAUUGAGUCAUGCCGCAGCCUAUGGCCAUAGGGAAGUCGUCGAGCUUCUACUCAGCGAAGGGUCUGACUACGACGACAGCAGCAGUGGAGUUACUCCUCUGUGGUUAGCAAUUCGCAGUGGUCAUCUAGACAUCGCGGAGCUUCUCUUACAAGCUGGCGCAAAUCCUAACGCCUCUAGCAUCCAUACUGGUGAAGCAUGCCUGUCCCAUGCUGCCUCUCUUGGACACAUCAGAGCCGCCUAUCUACUUCUAGACCGAGGCGCCGAAGUCGAUACACGAGACAAGAAUGGAUGGACUCCGCUUCAUCACGCCGUCAGCCAAGGCCGAAAGAAGAUAAUCGAGUUGUUGCUUGGGCUUCUCACGUCACAGGAUCUCUUUAAACUCAAGGACAACCUCUCUAAAGACAAGGGCAAGGGCUCUUGGAUCAAUACCGUCUUGACAGCUAUCGUUAUUUUGGCAUGUUACCAACGUGGUGGCGAGUGGCAGACGCCUCCGGUCGGCAACCAGAACAGCCAGGCGCUGAACACAUGCUCUGAUGACCGACUGCUUACAAACCGGGGCACCAAUCGACAAAAACACAAGUUGGGUGCAGGAAAGGAUGAGGAUGACAACGAAGAAAAUAUCAGAGGUAAUUCGGAGAAAAGACCUCGUCGCUCAGAGCCAAACGGGGACCGUUUCGCCUGUCCGUAUCAUAAGAAGAACCGGGCGAGGUUUUCAAGCGGACCCUGCAAUGGAAAGGGAUUUAAGAAUAUUGACCGCCUAAAAUCGCAUCUGAAGCUCAUCCAUGACCUUUCUAUCGAUUGGCGGCGAUGUCACGUCUGUAAAAAGCGAUUCCUCCGCGAAGAGCUGGAUGGGCAUAGCCCAUGUAAAAGAAAAGACCUAGGAGAUGAUUAUGAGGAUGGAUAUGAUUUGGACCAGGCUCAAGACCUGAAAUCGGACAGAACACGGCCCAGCAAGAACCCUCCUGAAAGUUGCUGGAAAGCAAUAUUCAGAGUGCUGUUUCCCGACUGGCCCGCGAACCUGGAUACCCCAAAUCCAUACCAAGUGAAUGCUGUCUCGACGUAUUGUGCAGAUGCCAUUCAACAACACCGCAACAGAGUGAUGAACCGAAACACAAUCUCUCAGCUCUAUGCUUGCCAAAGCAAAGAUGAGAUCCGUCAAGUUCUAGGACUACUCAUCGGGGACCUUGAAAGCAAUUUUGGGCAUACCCCGAUAACGACUGACAAUUUGCCUCCCAGACCCGUGUCCGCUAUGUCUCCGCAGCCAACAAUCAGCACUCAGCAUCCGCAAUAUCAGCUUCUGCCAGUUUCUCAGCCGAAUUUCAUCUAUAGUCAUGGGCGUCGCUCACAAUUCCAUACACCAGCUGUUUCAAGCUCCGAUGCAAAUUCCAGCCGUUUCUUCCGGAGCCAUGAUCAGUCUGACACGUUCACAGAAGGCACAGCAUUCUCGGACCAAAUGUCAACAGGGUUUGACUCCUUUGGGUCUCACCAGGGUAUAAAUAGCAGCAGCACUCUGCCACAGUUUCAACCACAAAUGACUUUAUCAGUGGCUCAACAACCGACGAGCAACAUAAGCCACCAACCCGGAUCGAGUUUUGCGGUAGGGAACCAAGGAAUGACACCGGAUGAUCGUUGGAUUGACUUCUCGCACGACUCCCAACAUCAGGCGCAGCCUGUAAGGGGGGAUCUGGUACAAGGCGAUCUCCAGCCAGGGGAUUAUGAUGAGAACGAAAUCCUGAGCAUGGCGCAUUUUUAGGCUAGUGAAUGCGAUAACAGCUUAGCAUCGCAGGCUUGGAUUGAACGUGUUGAAUCCCGGCCAGUUUAUGGGAAGGAAAGGCAAGCUGCAGCUUUAUCAAGAUGACAAAAACCAAAGUGGUGGGGAAGGUCAAAUGGUUGACAAGAGCUUGGCUGAGUUCGGAUGUUUGAGCAGGGAGGUUUUGGAUUAUGAGAACGCCAACUGUUACCAUUCCUUUAGGUGUCGUCCUAUGCCGUAAAUUUAUUUAUUUUCUCUCUUCCUUGAC